GCCGCCGCUGCCGGUUACGCCAGCCCCGCCGCCGCCCGCUCUGAUUCUGCGCAUAGGCAGCCCCCAAGCCUGUCAUUCUGCAAAAACACAGUUUACUCAACACACCACACACACACUCACACACACACGCGCGCACACACACACGCGCACACUGCCCCCCUCGCGCACACGCACGGAGGGCGCGAGCGAGCAGACGCGCACACCCGGCGAGCCAAGUUCCGCAGCCUGGCAUGGCUUCUGGGGACCUUUACGAGGUUGAAAGGAUUGUAGACAAGAGGAAGAACAAGAAGGGAAAAUGGGAGUAUCUGAUCCGGUGGAAAGGCUACGGGAGCACGGAGGACACGUGGGAGCCCGAGCACCACCUGCUGCAUUGUGAGGAGUUCAUUGAUGAGUUCAACGGGCUGCACCUGGCCAAGGACAAGAGGCUCAAGUCGGGGAAGCAGCCCGGCGCCUCCAAGCUUCUGCGCGACGGCCGAGGCCCCUCGGUGGAGAAGCUGUCCCACAGGCCCUCGGAAUCCGCCAAGAGCAAAGGGACUUCCCAUAAACGGAAGCGGAUCAACCCUUCCCUGUCCAAGCCGAAAAAAGGGUAUCCGGCCAAGCCCCCUGCAGGCGGGGACAGGGCCACCAAGACGGUGUCUUACAGGACUACCCCCAGUGGCCUGCAAAUAAUGCCCCUGAAAAAGGCGCAGAAUGGGAUGGAAAACGGGGACGCCGGCUCCGAGAAGGAAGAGAGGCAUUUUGGAAACGGGUCCCACCAGCCCGGCUUGGAUUUGAAUGACGUGGGUGAGCAGGACCUGGGCGACUGCCACGUGAGCCCCGCGGCGCUGGCGGAGAAUGGACUCGGCUCUGCUCUGACCAACGGGGGACUAAACCUGCACAGCCCUGUGAAGAGGAAGCUGGAAGCGGAGAAGGACUACGUCUUUGACAAGAGGCUCAGGUACAGCGUCCGCCAGAACGAAAGCAACUGUCGCUUUCGGGACAUUGUCGUGCGGAAGGAAGAGGGCUUCACGCACAUCCUGCUGUCCAGCCAGACCUCGGACAACAACGCGCUGACCCCUGAGAUCAUGAAGGAGGUGCGGCGCGCGCUCUGCAACGCGGCCACGGACGACAGCAAACUGCUGCUCCUCAGCGCCGUGGGCAGCGUGUUCUGCAGUGGCCUGGAUUACUCCUACCUAAUUGGCCGCUUGUCCAGUGACCGGAGGAAGGAGAGCACCCGGAUUGCAGAGGCCAUCAGGGACUUUGUGAAGGCCUUUAUCCAGUUUAAGAAGCCCAUCGUGGUGGCGAUCAAUGGGCCCGCGCUGGGCCUGGGCGCCUCCAUCCUGCCCCUCUGCGACAUCGUGUGGGCCAGCGAGAAAGCCUGGUUUCAGACCCCCUACGCCACCAUCCGCCUGACGCCCGCCGGCUGUUCCUCCUAUACCUUCCCCCAGAUCCUGGGUGUCGCACUGGCCAACGAGAUGCUCUUCUGCGGGCGGAAGCUCACCGCCCAGGAGGCGUGCAGCAGAGGCCUGGUGUCACAGGUCUUCUGGCCAACCACAUUCAGCCAGGAGGUCAUGCUGCGGGUCAAGGAGAUGGCCUCCUGCAGCGCGGUGGUGCUGGAGGAGUCGAAAUGCCUUGUCCGGAGCUUCCUGAAGUCAGUGCUUGAAGAUGUGAACGAGAAAGAAUGCCUCAUGCUCAAACAGCUCUGGGGUUCCUCCAAAGGCCUGGAUUCCCUGUUCAGCUACCUGCAGGACAAAAUUUAUGAAGUCUGAGGGCCCAGUGCUCAAGGGCAGCUGACUUCCAGCUCUGCCCUGUGUUUCAGAAAUCAGAGCACAGUGUAUUCCCGGCCAAGGAGUCCGUCAGGGUGUCUCUCUAUACCUAGGGUCGUGUCCAUUUCCUCGUGUCCUUUGGUUGCUCCUCAUUGGUUUGGUUUUGUGUAACGAUGGGAAACGCAGCAUACUUGGCCUCCCCCGUGUCCCCACCCCAACUGGCUGGAGAGCUAUCGAGGGCUAUAUCUUCCCAGUCCUCUGCCAGGUGCCCUUGUCCUGUCCCCACUUGCUGAAAUGCACCAUCCUGGUCCAGGAAGGGGAAGACCCAUUUCUCCAUCCUUCUGACUCAGGCUGUGUCUACACAGUGCCUCUGAUUUGGAGACUUGGCUGCCAUGGCUCUGUCUGGUUAAGUACAGAUCCAGUGACAGGGGACGACCAAUCCUAGGGAAUUUCUAGACCCAUGAGCAGAACAAUUGUGUAGAUCCAGCCUCGGUCUCCUCUCUGAUGCAAAUCUGCAUGACUUUUAGGGCUUGGUCUUAAAACCCAAUUGAGUAAUUUACAAACCCAGAUAUUGUACAUUUAGGAGCAUUUUGUUAAAUAUAUAUUUUUAAAACAG